UGGGCGAUGGCCAACCCUAUGUCGGUGGAAGAGAAGCUGUGCAGCCCCACCAUUGUGUCAGAGGUAGGGAGUAAGAAACGUCUGCUUGUGGAACAACAGGUCCCAGCCUGGGAAUUGAGACUGUAUUCUGCAGAUCUGCCUGUGGUGAACUAUGAGUCCCAGCCAGCUUGUCACAUACUGACUGUUCCAGACCCCAGUCUCCCCCAGUCCCCUGGGAGAGACUGAUGACCUUGUGACUGAGCUGCAGAAGGACGUCAAACAUGGAGGGGACGGCUGGAUGCACCUGGCUGAAUUUAGCCAAAACUACCUGCGCUGACCAGCCAUGGGAAGUCACUCCACCAACAUGAGGGUCAAACUACCCCUCUUCUGCCUCCUGCUCCAAGCCAUCACCAUCAUCCUUUUCGCCAUCUUUGUCAGGUAUGACGAUGAAACUGACGCCAACGCCUGGCACCAUGAGCUACAUAAUAACAACAAGACCAACGGCGACAAUGACUUUUACUACCGAUACCCAAGUUUCCAAGAUGUCCACACGAUGAUCUUCAUCGGCUUCGGCUUUUUGAUGACUUUCCUGAAGCGUUACGGCUUCAGCAGCGUCGCCUUCAACUUCCUGAUCGCAGCGUUUGGACUCCAAUGGUCCACGCUCAUCCAAGGGUUUUUCCAUGGUUUUCAUGAUGGAAAGAUUCAUGUAGGAAUAGAGAGCAUGAUCAAUGCCGACUUCUGCACCGGAGCCGUGCUCAUCUCCUUCGGAGCCGUUCUGGGCAAGACCAGUCCCGUCCAGUUGAUCGUGAUGACCCUGUUUGAAGUCACUCUGUUUGGAAUUAAUGAAUACAUCAUCCUUAACAUUGUUGGAGCCAAAGACGCUGGAGGCUCCAUGACCAUCCACACAUUUGGAGCUUAUUUUGGACUGGUUGUUUCCCGGGUGCUUUACAGGCCACACCUGGACAAGAGUCGUCAUAGAGAGGGGUCCGUGUAUCACUCAGACCUCUUCGCAAUGAUAGGAACAAUCUACUUGUGGAUGUUCUGGCCAAGCUUCAACUCUGCAGUCACAGCCCACGGCGAUGACCAACACCGAACAGUGAUGAACACCUAUUACUCCUUGGCCGCCUGCACGCUGGCCACCUUUGCCAUGUCCUCCAUGCUGAAUGGAGAAGGCAAGCUUGAUAUGGUUCACAUCCAGAACGCGGCACUGGCAGGUGGAGUUGCAGUGGGAACUUCCGCAGAAAUGAUGCUGACUCCCUUUGGUGCUAUGAUUGCAGGGUCCUUGGCUGGCAUCGUCUCUACCCUUGGAUACAAAUAUAUAACGCCCGUGUUGGACUCUAAGCUGAAGAUUCAGGAUACUUGUGGGGUACAUAACUUGCACGGGAUGCCUGGUAUUUUGGGUGCACUUAUUGGAGCUAUUGUGGCUUUGAUGGCAACGGCAGAUAUAUACGGGGAAGGAAUGAGUGACGUUUUCCCCUUAAUUGCUGACACAACUCGUACACCUAAAUCUCAGGCCGUUUAUCAGGCCCUGGCCUUGCUAGUGGCUCUUAGUUUUGCCCUGGUUGGAGGUACUGUUGUAGGGUUUAUUAUAAAGAUACCCAUUUUUGGUUCGCCUGCCGAUGCGGAAUGCUUUGACGACUCGCUGUAUUGGGAGGUACCGGAAGAAGGUGAGCACACACCUGUGUACACUGAGGUUCCGGAUCAGCAAACACAAGCAUAACACAACCCAGGUGUGCGUCUGUUAUGACCCGUGGUCUGGAACCACCUAGAGACUUAUCCACAGUGGUCAUCAAGGCGUCCUUCAUUGGGACCAGCAAGACAGCAUGGACCUUCUCCCGCUGGCACUUUCCAUCUUGGCUUCAGGUGUCAACUCCGCCCUUUAGCUGACAAAGGUCGAUGCUUGUCCUGGGACAGAAGACGCACCGUCUGCAUUUUCCGUUCUCCACCCCGUUCUCGGUGCUGCCGCUUUUUAUAGGACGGUGUCGGCCUAGUGUAUUUUACCCACAUAUAUUUGUAUUAACAACCUCAGCACUUGCAUCCUGUUACGGACACUGUCUAACCCGCUGUUUUUAGUGUUUUUUAAACCUUUGAUUUUCGUGGGAAGGUUUGGGGGGUUGUAAAAAAAAGAAACACACAAAGAGUCACAUGGUGCAUUUUAUAAGAAAAACUACUAACUGUACAAACGAUGAAAUCUUUACCUGUAAAUAUAACAAGCACUUCACGUUAUAGGACUGUCGGUCACUUCAUAAACCUACUGACCCAUGACAUACGGUAUGUAUGAAAUGAAUGACACCAAAGAAUGAGUGUGUUUUGAUGAAAUAUCACUCUUUUAUUCAUUGAAAUGUGAUAUCGUUUAUUAGUAUUAUCUUGUAUUUAAUCACCGCUGAUCUCCGUGCUUGCAAAGCAUAUAUCAUGGAGUCAGUGAAAUAAAAAUAGCAUAUUGUAUAAACUGGCAAUACAUCCAGCGGUUCCAACAAAGGCUUUGGACAUGGAAAUGACAUUGUUAAAAACGGGAGUUUUUCCGUGGUGGGGUUGCGGUUAACGGCAGAUUCUUGUUGCACCCAGUCUGUGCUGGAGUUCUAUUAGACUAGGAGGUCAUUCCGAGUUGAUCGCUCACUGACGUUUUUCGCAGCGCAGCGAACAUGUUACUACUGCGCAUGCGUAUGCACCGAAGUGCGCAGGCGUGUCGUACGGGUACAAAGCGAAUCGUUGCUGGGCGAUGGAUUUAACAAAGAAUCCAUUCGCACAGUCGAUCGCAAGGAGAUUGACCGGAAGAAGGCGUUUACGGGUGUCAUCUGACUGUUUUCAGGGAGUGUUUGGGAAAACGCAGGCGUGUCCAGGCGUUUGCAGGGCGGGUGUCUGACGUCAAUUCCGGGACCGGACAGAUUGAAGUGAUUGCAGCGGCUGAGUAAGUCCAGAGAUACUCAGAAACUGCAAAAACUUUUUCGUCCCGCUCGGCUGCACACGCGUUCGCACACUUGCAAAGUGAAAAUACACUCCCCCUGUGGGCGGCGACUAUGCGUUUGCACGGCUGCUAAAAGUAGCUAGCGAGCGAUCAACUCGGAAUGACCCCCUAAGUUUGUAACUGUUUAGUGGGCCUGAUUCAGAGAGGAUUUCUCUGCAAAGUGAGUAACUAUCCCGGCGGUUUAAAACCCUGCAGACGUCGGAACCUUUUCUGAGCAUGCUCUAGUCAUCCUCUGCGAAUUCGCUCGUGGCUGAGAGGCCCCGGUGUCAGAAGUACUGCUAUUCCUGAGACAGUAUAGAGUUAUAGUAUGCAUCCAAUGUCUCUGAUGUUCCUGCUUCUGCACAUAAGCGUGAGAUGUGAGUCAUUUGUAUAUUUUUGUAAGUCCGCUGUGUACGGGAUCCCAGCUGCGACGGUAAUUGAGAUCCUGAAUCAGGCCCAGUGUACAGAUCACUCAGCUUGAAUGGAUCAUGGAGUAAGAGAACGUGUCAGAUCAUUAGCACGCAGCACUGAACAUAUAACAGAGACUAGAGCGCUUCUGUACAAAUUAUCCGCUUACGUGUAUUGUGCUGGAAACCUAAAGCGACACAACGACGUUCCUUGCAGAUGUCAGCCAUCCAGUAAGUGGAAGACCACCCUGACAAUCCUAUUCUACGCAUGAUAACCGGAUUGGAGAAUAAUUUGCUCCAUCCAUACUUGGUAUAAUCCGGUAUACGGUCAGGGGAAGCUGUGAGGCUUUCUUGCUGUAUCUCCUAGCUUUGUCUUAUAUUGUACAAACUCAAUUUUUACGUAUUUGUUUAAAACAUUUCACUGUGUAUACCUCUAUACAGUUGCAUGCUUUUUCUUACAAGAAUAAACAAUUAAUAGUA